AUGUUACCCACCUCAAAAAUCGUUGUUACCAUUACCAGUGCCGAAGCUCAGUUACAACCUCUAAUGGAUGUAACAGUUAGGCGUUUAUCGGAGUACCUAGAAGAGGAAACUAAUGAUGUAACUGAAGAGGAAAUAACACACGCCAAAAGCACUAUUACCUCUUUAGUCCCAACAGAGGUCGACCUAGGAGGGCAAAAGUUGUUAAUCAAGCACAAAUUUGUUAUGACCACGGUAGAUGGAAAGGUCUGCAAUGCAGCUACAGGCAAACAGUCUAGGAGUAGGGGAAGAAAAUCGAAAGAGGAGAAAGGCCUAGAAGAUCAAACCAAAAGAGAGAUACAAACAAGGUUCCGCACUGAAACAGGUUUACUAAUAGAUAUGCCUAAAUCCAAUUUCGGGAACACAAAUGAUGAAAAUACUAGCAGAAGGUUCUUUGAGAAUCCCAAAUAA